AUGGGACCAGGUACUAAACAGUUCUAUGAAGUCCAGUCCAGUUCAAGUCCUUUGAACUAUAGGACUGCAGUCCUAUUUAAAUUAGGACUUGCAGUCCUCAGACUGCGGACUGCGGUCCCAUAUCAAAUGGAACAGGACUGCAAUCCUAAUAUAAAACGGGACUUGCGGUCCUAG